ACAGUUUUUUGUUGGCUGACUUACACACAUCUAUUUUACAAAAUGUUGUCUAGAAAAGGCCAGUUCGUUUUAUCAAUGGGCGUAUUGGUAUCCAUCACACUCUGCAUGGUUACAUUAUAUGAUACUCCAACUUUGAAUCCAAUCCGACAAUAUUUGCAAGAAGGUCGAAUUUAUGGGCAAGACCAAAAUUGCAAGGCGUAUAUUAGCACUAACAGAAUCAGCAACAUCAAGCGUCUAUUGAACAUGAAGACUACACCGGAAGUUGAAUACCACCUACACAGACUUGGUUAUCCAAAUAGGUUUGCAACAUCCGGUGACGUCUACAUACCGGAUUUACCAGACCCCAAGAUCCCUAUUCCACGGAUUCCUGUAAUUGUGGCUGGUGCCUCUAGUAAUCAUUUUACAGAGAUGCAAGCCUUGAUGCAUAAUAUUGAUACAGUUCUAAGACCAGUUUAUCCGGAUAUUAAAGUUAUUUUAUAUGAUAUCGGAUUUACAGAAUCACAAAGACAAGCAAUAAUAAAAUAUGGAAGAUGUAAGUUGAGAAAGUUUGACAUUACGAAAUAUCCCGAUCACAUAAAAUACCUUCAUUCUUGUGCCUGGAAACCCAUCAUCAUACAGGAAGUAUUAAAUGAGUACAACUUUACAAUGUAUAUGGAUGCUUCAAUACGAUUAUACAAUGGAAGUCUGACGAGUAUUUUCAACAAAGUCAAAGAAUUAGGCAUCAUUCACCGUUGCGCUCGCACUCAUCGCAUUACAACUAACACAUAUGCCGAAACUUUUGAAUAUUUCAAUGUGGAACCGUGUUUACUUCAUGGUCUUUUUGAGACUGGAGGAGGAUUUAAUCUUGUUGUGAAAAAUAACUUGUAUUCCUACGCUGUAAUGAGGUCAUGGUUAACCUGUUGUCUUCAGAAAUACUGUGUAGAGCCCAAAGGAUCCAAGAGUCAAGACGCAUGUAAUCACAAAUAUCAUAAUUGCCAUCGCUUUGAUCAGUCAGUUCUGGGCAUUGCUAUUUCUAUGAUGGCUCUAAACGAAUCACAUAUUAUUCCUAAUAAUUUAUAUGCAGCUAAGCGAGGGGAUACAAUGAAUUACUUUAAGAAGAUUUCAAAGGGAAUAAUUCAACCAAAGUCCGGCGGCAAACCUGGACAUUAGGCCAAAUACUAACAUAACCGUGUUUACUGUUAUUUGGUAACAAAAAAUAGGGUCUGUGGGUCGGAAAAUCGUUUUCCCUUUUAAAUUUCUUGGUGUUUGUGGGUUUAGAUUGGAUAGAUCUAAGUGAAUAAUAAAUUAAUCCUUUAAUAAACUCUUACGACACUUGCAGUUUAUAGUCUUUGUGGUGUCAAAUUAAAUUCUGUAAAGUGUGUGUUAUUUGUUUCACCGCGUUUCGAGCUUAAUUACUGAGUAACGUUCUGUAAAAUAACACUUGCUCCUAAACGAAUAACCUGCGGAACAUUUUUGGUGGGUUGAGCGAGACCGUGAAUAUUAAAUGAUAAAUUAAAUGUCAGUUAUUUAAUAUGGCCACAUUGUUUACUCUGUUGGUACAAAUGGGCAGGUUGAGAUCAAUCCGCGUGUUAUUCGUUAAGACUAAAGUGUUGACAUUUUUCGACGGUUCCUUUAUAGUCUACUAUUUUGUUUAUUGUUUAUUGACAUGAUCUCUAGCUAUAUAAUGAUUGCUAUUUAUUAUAGUAUAUCUUUUAAUUCAUGAUGUAGCUUAAACUAAUAAUAUUAUCUAAAACAUUUCUCAAACUAGUUAAAUCUCUAUGUCAGUAAUUUUUAAUUAACCAUUUAUAAAUUGUGUAAAUUUUAAAUGUACACGAAGCACACAUUUUCCAAUACCAUGACAAGAGAUUUGUACUAUAGGUGGGUAUAGAUAACAAUACACCUAGAACAAACUGCAACAGAAAUCAUUUCUUUGGGAACCGUUCAGGUAUGGUCUCUAGUACUUCCAUAACAAAAGCGGCCAUUAUCGGUCUUGGGGAAAUUUGCAUAAGUAACAUAAAUCCAAGAUGGCCGCCAGUGGACCAGAAAAUCUCCGAAUCGGUUGACUUUAGUGCAAAUAAAUGUAUUAACGGCCUAUAGGAUAUCGAUACUCGCGAGUUCAAAAAUGCCGACAUAACCUACGAUCUUAUUAUGACGUCGUAACGUCAUUUUGAUGGCAUUACGUCGUUCUCAUUGUGACGUCAUUAUCAAUUGUAUUGUAACUACGCUCGGAAAACUGUUGGGAACCAUGAACCGCUGCAAUCUGUUUCACAGAGGAUUACGAAAGUCUUCUUAUAUCUCUGUAAAAGAAUCAAGAUGACUGCCUUCAACACAUGACGUCACGCGACGUCAAUCAUUGGCUCAAUGGGGCGUGCAAUGUUUACAUAAGACGUUACUGCUUCGGAAAGAAUGCUGCCUUUUACUCAGUUUUAUACCCAUUUACACUAAAUAGGAAAUAAUAUUUACCUACAAAUACUUCAAACGUCGUUAUUUAUUUUUCUAAUACUUAAAAAAAAUGUUUAAGAAUUUAAUUUGUCGGAGUAAAAAAUUAAAUAUUUGGGGCUCAUUAAGUCGCAUCGAUGUCAUCCUUAUUCACUGCUGAUCAGUGUGGAACCGCUGUACAACUCAUCAAACUGAAACUCUACACGGUGGCUUGCUUACCUGGAGGUUCAGUGUUUGAUUCCUGCGUUGGCCGAGAAAGUUCAUUGGGAUUUUACGGCGUGGUACCCCUUGUCAGUGGUGCAGGACAGAAGACCAGGCAAGGGACAACGUAUAGUCCUUCGGAUGGCACGAAAAGCCAUUUCGGGCAGUUGCUGCAAUAGAAAUGCCGACCACGUUUUAUGGUCGGUCUAGACGUAUAUUAUCACCCAAAAAAAGUCCCAAUCCUAAAUCCAUUCCCAAAUGGGUCAAAUUGGCAAAAAUCCAAAAUGGCCACCGGUUUUGACUGGAAAAUGCCAGUUUUUAUCCACUUACCAUAAUAUGAUUGAGUUUGGUAUCAAAAUAUAUCCUAACGAGGUAGCUGGAUCCAUUCCCAUACACAUUUUGGUGAUUAGUUAUACCGCGGAGUCAAUAUUGGGAAAUAAUUCCAGAUGGCGGCCAGUUUUGGCGGGGAAAUUCGAAUUUUACAAAAUUACCUCAUUUGGUGUCAAAAUGUAUGUUUUGAAGGCAGCUGAUCUCAUUUUCGACACAUUUUUUUCAUCUUGGUAAUUAACUGGUUCCCCUGGGUCAAAAUAAUGGGAAAUCCCAUUGGAGAUUUGGGGAUUACGAGUGGUCGAGUCCGCCUCAGAUCUAAUACGAUGUCAUUCAUCAAGCAUCAACUAAAUUUCAUUUAGACGCUCUGGUUGACCACUGUUCACUACAGAAGAAGCGUAGCAGGCAUGACGAAAGGGGUCACUCGCAGCCCACUGUGGACGCCAGUGUCGUGGGUGUGUCCGAUUUCGAUCACCAACCACGAAAAUUGAGCCAAGAUGGCCAAACCUAUUGAAGCACGUCGUGAAUUUAUUUCAGAAAAUGAUUGAAAUAUUGAGACACAGAUGUAUACGAUAUCGCCUGUUUGUCAGAUAUGCAGUGAACCAUUCCGAAAAUGACGGAAAGAUAACGGGUAUUGGAGGCCGACAAUAAUCAGCCGAUUAAGAUCCCUGACCUAAGUUCAAUAAUGAGCGGAGAUACCAAUUUCAAUGGCAGAGAAUUUAGGACAGAAUAAAACUUGGUGUAAAGUCAUGACUAAGUUCAACAAUAAGCCAAGGGCGUGCUAGGGCCUCCGAGGGUAGGCAGACCAAAGUUAGGGCACUUAGGAGGGGAGGGUAGGAUCGGAGAAAAUUUGAGUUUUGUGGCACAUGGUAGAAGCGAUUUGACGUAUAUGCCAUGACAUACCACACAUUGACACUUGGUUGAGGGAUUAUGAUUACGUCACAAAGAUCCGAACAUGAACAUAGUUAGCUGCAGUCAAGAACUAAACGACCUGUGAGUAAAAAAAAACCAAGCAUGUCUCAACAUCUGAAUCAUUUUGUGCCACGUGCUUCAAAAGGCACGACCAGCUUCCGCAGUGACCUGAGAGUGACCCCAGUCGACCUAUGCCGCUACUGCAGUGAACUGGGAGAUACUCCAAAUGAAAUUUAGUUGAUACUUUUUUUUUUUUUUUAAUAAGCAAUAACAGCAUAGUACAUAGUUCACAUAUUACAAUCACAGUGUGUAGCAUCAUACAGAUAGCGUCGGUUUAAUGUUGAAGGCUAUACUAUAUUACAUUGAGUAGAACAAAUAUAUUCACAAAGAAAAUAAAAGCUAAUAAAAAACUAAACAAAAAAAAAUACAAAAAUAGCUACAGGUAUUAAGGAGUUGGAAUACUAGAAAUGGAAUACUAGAGGUAUGCAUAAUAUUCAUAUGGUAUAAUCCCAUUUAUUUACUAAGGUUUCGUUUAAUUCAUUUUCUAUCUGUUGUUUACCUUUUAGGUAGUUACGAUAAUUAAUAAUUGUCGGUCUAAUAUUUUCUAUUUUCGCUUUGUAGAGGUAGUAUUUUGUUAAAAAUAUUAAAUGAUUUACAAAUAAGAAUUCAAGAUAUGAUUUAAAAACUGUUUCUUUCAGAAAACCGAAAUGAAUGUUCGUAAGUUGUAAUUGUAAUGAAAUGUCAUUAGUUGAGAAGAUUUCAUGUAAAUCAUUCCAUAUUACCUGGGCGUAAUUGCAGUAUAUAAAAAGGUGUUCCGGGGUUUCUAUAUUUGAAUAACAAAAAUCGCACAAUGAAGACUCCUUUAAUUGGAUUUUAAAUAAACGGUCGUUUGUAUAUAUAAUUUUAUGGAGGUAUUUAAAUUAAAAAUUUUGUAAUCUAGUAUCAGUGCUCGUUUUAUAGACCAAAUUGAAUAUACAUGAGGUUUCACGUUCUUCAAAUAUAAAACUAUUCUCUUCUUCCCAUUUACUUAUUGCUAAUGGUUUACUGUAUUUAGAAUCUACUCGUAUUGAAUAAAUGUCUUUUGCUUUAA